AUGGACUAUAUCCACGACUUUGCACUUGAGAUUGCAGAAAGAACAAAUUCAGGUCAAGACGUAAACGAAGGGCCACUGUAUCAGGAGUUUAUAAAAGACCGGCAGGCAUUCCAAUAUACUGAAAGCGAAGUCUUCACGCCCCGAGUGCGUGGUCUUUGGGAUGUCUUUCAUCGGAAUUGGUGGAAAAGGUUAUGGGUUAUCCAGGAAGUUGCCUUGGCCAAACAACCGACGUUGCUAUGCGGCUUGAAAGCAGAAGCUUUCCAUAAUCUCAAGAUUGUUAUUGAGGCCCUGAUCAGAUCCAAGCAGCCGGUCGAAGUCCUGGAGUUCAACACCCUCUUUAUCGCACACACAUUUCAUCAGUUUCAUGUACGACACAUGAUCGAAACUGGUACAAUGAGUACGGUAUCUCCUCCUGGGGUAAAGGCACUCGAUAUGCUGAACGCCACCCGCAAUGCACAAGCUACGGAUCCCCGGGACAAGAUAUAUGGCAUCCUUGGCUUUUUUGGCCCCCCAGAAACGGAUCCGGAGAAUAUUUUCCCAGAACCCGAUUAUAAAAAGCCGGCUGCAGAGCUUUAUGCUGAUGUCUCGCGAGCCAUAAUUGUUAGCACCAAGAAAUUGGACGUCAUGAGCUCAUGCUAUGGCUUCUUCAAGUCAUCGGUUCCUGAUCUACCCUCGUGGGCAGCGUCUUGGAACGACACUCCUGUGCAAUAUUUUGAUGUGAAAGCUUUUAACGCAGCAGGCUCUUCUAACGCCGUCUAUGAAGGCUCCGACAAUAAGCUGCUCAUGCGAAUAAAAGGUAGAGUCGUUGACUCUGUGAAACACCCAGGUCAAAUACCAGAGUCAAUAGGAUAUAGCAAUGGGGCAUGCAUCGAACUAUGGCGCUACUGGUGGAAAUUUGCUUCUGUAUUAGAUUCCUAUCCAACUGGAGAGGCUGUUUCCGACGUUUUUAAAGAUACGCUUUGCUGGGGAAACAGCGUGGAUUAUACCCGACUACAGAUUGGAGACAACAAGGAGAGUUUUGACGCUUGGUUAAAGAUAUUGGUUGGGACAGAUGACACGGGCACAGCCGCCAAGCAUAUUUUUAAUGGCGAAGAGUCGUUCAAGUAUGCUCAUAGAGCUACCUCAGUCACUUGGGGCCGCAAUAUGGGCAUAACCGACAAAGGGUACCUAGCUAUGGUGCCCAUAGUAACCAAAGCCGAAGACAAGAUUGUCAUCUUCCAGGGCUCCAAGCUGCCUUUUAUUGUACGAACUGAGGAUGGCUUAUCCAGGCUUGGGGGGCCUUGCUACGUGCGUGGAAUGAUGGACGGGGAAUUUGCUACUGAGGACGCAGAAGCUAUGGAUGAAUUGGAAUGGUUUACCUUGAAGUAG